GAGGAAGCGAGAGUUUUGGUUUUAGAGAGAGAAAUCCAAUUUGUGAAGGGUCCACCAUCCAGCACGUGGUUUCCUCGUUCCCUCUCGUUCUUCCUUCCAAUCUCUUCUUCCUCUCGUUUCCCUCGAAGUUCCUCGUAGGGAACAAAUUCAUUUAUCGUGGAAUGGAGGAAGCAAAGGACACUGAGGGAAAUUCUUCGGGAGGAUCCUCUAUUGUCCCUUCCAGUUCACUGCAAGGCCCAAUUAAUCCUGAACCUCCUACUUUCCUGAUCCUUGAUGAAAUAAUUGAUGUUAACAAUCAGAAUAGAGCAGUCAUAAAAGAUUCUGAAUUACUUCUAAAUAAUGUCCAUGAUGGCCUACCACCAAUCCAAAUGGCUUCUAGUUCAUUAGAGAUUUUAAAUGAACUGCAAAUUGCUUGUAAGGAUGCCAUAUCCAGCCCAUCAGAAGGGGCCAGUCUUCCACUACCUCAUACAUUGGAUCAAUCUGAGGAGUCAGAUCAUGAGCAAUCACACAAGUCCGAAGAUGAAAAUACUGUUAUAGUUGAUGAUGUUCAAACGAAUAAUGGUUAUACUGCCUCUAGCAAAUUACGAGAGUCAGAACCUAGGCUGCAUGUAUUGACCAGCAAGCUUAAUCAUAGCCAAGUGGAGAUUGGAAGCACACAAAAGAAAGCAUCCAAAUUGUCUGACCACUUAAAACAAGUCGUUGAAAACAGAGGCCUUAUUGACACUGCAGCACCUUUUGAAUCUGUUAAGGAGGCUGUCACCAAGUUUGGAGGACAUGGCGAUUGGAAAUCCCAGAAGGCAACGAACUUACAGAAGCAGCAGCACAUCCAACUUGAACUUGAGAAGAUACAAGUGGAAAUUCCAAAGUACAAAGAACAAUCUGAAAUUGCAGAAGAUGCUAAAGCAGAAGUACUCAAAGCACUUGAUAGCACUAGGAGACUUGUAGAAGAACUAAAGCUAAGCCUGGAGAAAGCACAGACCCAAGAGGCCCUGGCAAAACAGGACUCAGAGCUUGCUGAACUCAGGCUCAAAGAGAUGGAGCAAGGAAUUGUCAGUGAUGCAAGCAUUGCAACCAAGACACAAGUAGAGGUUGCUAAAGAAAGGCAUUUAACGGCAGUCGCAGAACUAAAAUCAGCAAAAGAUGAGUUGGAAGCACUGCAAAGAGAGUUUGUUACUAUAGUUAAUGUAAGGGACGUGGCAAUUGAGAAGGCUGGAGAGUCUAUUUCUGCUUUCAAGGAGAUCGAGAAGACUGUUGAGGAUCUAACUCUGGAGCUCAUCACGACAAAGGAAUUGCUGGAAUCUUCACAGGCAGGACAUCUUGAUGCAGAAGAGCAGAGAACUAGUGGAACAUUGACAUGGGAGAGAGACAAACUUAACUGGGAAAAGGAGCUGAAGCAAGCUGAAGGAGAGCUGCAGCAUCUCAAUAUGCAGUUUUCGCUGGUAGACGAUCUAAAGUCAAAGCUUGAUACAGCUUCCACAUUGUUGUUCAGUCUGAAAGCUGAAUUUGCUGCUUAUAUGGAAGCAAAAAUGAACCAAGAAUCUGAUAGCAUCGAAGAAGAGAAGCCAGCAGAUGAGGAAGGACAAACAAUGACAACCCUGACAAAUGCUCAAGCAAAAUUGGCUCUAACCAAGGAGCUCGGGGAAGUAAAAACCGACAUUGAGAACGCAAGAGAUGAAGUCAAUCGUUUGAGAGUUGCAGCUUCUUCACUUAAAAGUGAGCUGGAAAGAGAGGCGACAGCCCUCACCACCAUGAAACAGAGGGAAGGGCUGGCAUCGGUAUCUAUAUCAUCUCUUGUGGCUGAGCUGAACAGGACAAACUCCGAAGUAGAACUAAUCUUGACAAAGGAGAAGGAAGCCCAAGAAAAGAUGGUAGAUGUGCCUAAGAUGCUUCAACAAGCAGCUCAGGAGGCAGAUCAAGCCAAGUCAGUCGCUCACUUGGCUCGUGAAGAGCUAAGGCAGGCAAAAGAAGAAGCAGAACAAGCCAAGGCUGCAGUCGGUACUAUGGAGACCAGGCUAGACGCUGCUUUAAAGGAGACAGAAGCAGCUGAAGCAUCGGAGAAGCUGGCACUCUUAGCAGUCAAAGCAUUGGAAAAGAGUAAAGAGGCUGCAGACUUGGACACUAAUGACUCCACAAAUGGAGUGACUCUUCCACUUGAUGAGUACUACACUCUAAGCAAGAAAGUACAUGAGGCUGAGGAGCUCGCUAAUCAGCGAGUGAUUUCUGCCAUAGAGCAAAUUAAAUCAGCAAAGGAGUCUGAAUCAAGAUGCUUAGAAGGACUGGAGGAAGCACAUAGGAAGAUAGAAGAAAAGAAGAAAGCAUUAAGAGAUGCAGUGGAAAAGGCUGAAAAGGCCAAGGAAGGGAAAUUGGGUGUGGAGCAAGAGUUGAGGAAGUGGAGAGCUGACCAUGAACUGCAACGGAAAGCGAGUGAUGCUGCUCAAGGUUUAGCUGAUUCUUCGUACUUCGAGGAGACCAGAGAACCAAACAUCCUUGUUAAUGAAGAAGAAACUGCUCCACAUGAUAGCCCUCCCACAUCUAGCCCCAGAGAACACUCGCAAUGGAAUGAGGCAAUAAAUGCCAUGCCUGAACCAAAGGUGAGAAGGAGAUCAUUCUUCCCUCGAAUCGUCAUGUUUUUGGCCAGAAAGAAGGCUCAGUCAUUGAAGUAAUGAAACUUAUGUUGUACUUACAUAUCGAAAUCUCUUACAUAUAUGCUAAUAAGUUUUCCUAAUUCUUGGAACUCGGGGUGUGGUUCGGUGUUUAAGCUUGUACCAUUGGUAUAGUCUUUUCCAGAACAUACUGAUGAAAACAUAAUUGUUUAGAUUUCAUGAAUCGUAAUAUCCAGAUGUAAGGAAGUU